AUGCUGAUAGGCCAGGGCCAACAAUUUUCCUGCAAACAAAGGAUUUGCAGCAAGCCAAAUCCAUUAGCCAACCGCCAUCAGCCUGUCCCUGUGGCGCCAAUCCCUUGUUGUGUUUACGGUCCCCAGGCUGCUAAAGGCUCAGUCCUCGGGCUUGGAGGCGAUGACACAGAUGAUGAUGAUGAUGAUGAGAGUGAGGUUUCUGUAUCCUCGAUGGAUGUUGGACUUGUGCCAGAAUCCACAAUGCUCGACGUCUCAAUCCCACAUUCAAGACUCUCUGCAGGUACAAAUGACAUAUAUUCUACCCCGCCAAUUCAGACGCCAACUCAACUGUCUCCAAUGGACAGAGAGGCCAGAGUCCUCAGAUACAAAGAAAAGAAAAAGAAGCGGAAAUUUGUCAAGACAAUAAGGUAUGCAUCAAGAAAAGCUUAUGCAGAAAUCAGGCCGAGGAUCAAAGGCCGGUUUGCAAAGAGAACAGAUGCUGAAGUUGAAGUGUAUCAGAUGUUCUCCCUUUAG